AUGUCAGAGGAGGCUCUCUGGAACAACUCCUUCUACUCGUCACUGGCUCAUAUUUCCCAGUCCAGUCUGGCCAACCAUAUCUCGACACUACGCAAGUCUGUGGCGAUUCCUCAUCUGACGUCGUCAAACUCCAUUGCUGCUGGAACUCUCGAUGCUGCUACGGAGAGAGACGUGUUGAACCAGCGUACCUCGUUUAUGAGCGCUUCACCCUCGAUGAAAGCCUUGGAGAGUAUCAUGAACGAAAAGCCAGGCGCUAGUCGUCCAGAAGCUAUUGUCGAAGAGGAAGAACCCUCGCCCCAGCCCCAGGUGGCUUCUGUUUUUGAUAAACCGGCGUUUUCCAAUACAAACUAUACAUAUAACCAGGGGCUGCGUGUUCUGCUCCAUAGACCGCCUCCAGAUGCUUCCACGACGACGUUCCAUACUGCUGCUUCGUCUGAAUCCGUCGCUAGGUCAUCAAACAAUGCAUCGCCUGAACGUCCAGGCCACCGUCACCUGUCUUCAAUCAGUACCAUUGGCGAAUCUGGUUAUUCCAUGGGAACGCCUAAGUUAGACCCUCCAGCGUCGUUUUACACGGUGAAAAGACCCACCAAGGACUUCUCUCCUCAGCUUUUGACAGUUCAGGGCCCCAGAAAGAACCUGGAGUCGGAUCAGGACACUACAGCUGUUGAAGAUACUCCAGUGGACUACUCCAGCUACCCAGCACAGUCUGCCUCGGUGACAACGCUAAAAGAGACUAAAGCAUUGCCCCAACCUCCUCAGGAGCUGCCUUCCGCGUCCCCUCGUCCAGUCAAAUCGCUUAUACCUCAAGCUGAGGUUCUUCAACCACCAUUCCAGCUUGAAAGAUCGGCAGAACCUAACCAGGCUCCCGCCUCAUCGGUUCGUGAUUCCACAACUUCCAAACCAUCCAGAAAGUCUGGAACCACCGAAACUGGUCUGCCCUCCCGGCCCUCUCCGAUGAAGCUGGCGAGCUCCUCCACCGUCCCAAAGUGGCUGUCGUCCGCAUUCGGCACUCCGAGAUCCAACUUCUCCCCUCAUCGUCACCACCAGCUGACGGACCUCCAACGUCCCCAGCCUUCUCCUGGCACUCAUAAACGAAGCAGCACAAUGGGCGACAUUCUGGCUGCCGCCAGACCCAAGUCGUCUGAACCGCUCCAGAAGAAAGCGGCUACCGAUUCCUCCGACCCGGGCGCUGGCGCCUCCAAGAGGUUCAGCUUCCGUGGGCUUUUCAAGAUCAAGUCGAAGAACCAUUCUUUGAAUAAGCAGAAGGAGGAAAUGUCUCCAAGCAGACCUGCCAAGCUCAAGUCCAAGUCAUACUCAACUCCAUCGUUUUCCACCUUCAAGAAAGAGAAUAAACAAGAGAAGAAAGACAAACCAGAGAAGAAAGAGCAGAAGAACUUGUUUGGAGGGUUUAAGCGGAAGAAGAGUGAAGCUAACAUUGCAGCUAUUCCUGAAGAGGAGCCUAAACCAGUUCAGCCGCCAGCUCAAGUUAAGUCAAAGACGCCACAAACUCCAACUACGCCUGGUUCCAUGGGCGAAGUUGAUACGCCUGCUACAAACACUUUGGAACCUACGAAGGAGGCUAAUACGAUCCGUGAAGUGGAAGAUUCUGACUACAACUUUGAGUAUACCAAGAAUGGUGCUGAGGAUGAUACUAAAGACGAUAUAAUGGUUGAUCCUCCUCAGAGACAUGCCAACGAGAACUUCGGUGAAGAAUUGGCUUUGGAACCAACGCCUGAUUUGAAGCUUCCUGAUUUCAAGCUUGAUGAAAACUCGUUUGGUUCGCCUUUGCUCAAGUACAAGUUCAACGAAACGCCAAGAUCUAAGCCACCACAGUCCAACAGGUCCAGUAUGAAUCCACCAAAGAGUGAACAGUUACUAGGCGAAGCUCUUUUCCCUAAACUGUUGAAUCCUCAUGAGAUUGAAAGCAUUGUGUCGCUUGAAAGGUCACGGUCUAUGCGCUCCAUCAGAUCUAACGGUAAGAGAAGCUCCUACAUUAACUACAACGGCUCAGAUGAAAACGUUAUAGUUUAUAGUGGUGAGGCCGGUCAGAGCAGUCCUAACACCAUGAGAAGAUCAGGCAGCAUUUUGAAGAACUCUCUGUCGAUGACCAGCAUGAAUGGCGUUGUCCAUCUGAUCGACCAGGCAGUAGCUGACGAUUACUUGCCUAGCCCCAUCGAAGCCCACGAAACCGAAGAACUUGAAGAAAACCCAGGUUUGGGUCUUCUUCCCUCGCUUGACUUUUCUCAGGACUUCUCCCAGGGCAGCUUGAACCAGGACAGUGAAAACCUACAUGAUUUCAUUGAAUUCUCCGACUUUAUCGACGUUGACAACCUCGAAUUUCCUGCUUCCCCUGCCCAGCCUUACCCAUCGUUGCCGUCUUUGGGCGACCUGGGCGAGUUUAAUUUUAGCCCUGAAUACGAAGCUCAGUCUGCGGCUCCAUAUCUGGACCCAAUCGAACCAGUUAGAGUUGCGCCACAAGAACCGGCAAGAUCGAGUCCCCUUACCGAAGUCGUGCCGCCCAUUCCGGAAAAGCCUACAGUGGAAGAAUCUAAGCCGUUCGAUGAGCAGCCCCAGCAGGUGGACAGUGCAUCUGAUCAUGAAGAGACCCUUGAGGAACCCCACAUCAACACGAACAAUGAAAACGGGACUAAACCAGACGACACGCAAGAAAGUGAGCCCAGUUUGAUGAUUGUGGAGAAUCCUAAUGCUAAUGUUGAGAAUGGUCUGGCGGAAUCUUCAGCGCCCGAGGUGACGCCUACUUUAGGCACCCAAGAUGACGCGCUUCGUAAGCUGCCUAUUUUAGGAACAGCCUACAACUUGGCCAUGAACGAAGCAGUGGCUCGGGAACUGCCAAGCAAUGUUGCAAGACCAAUUUCCAUGUCUUUCAAGGGCUUCAAUGGCCCCGCGAUAAGCAAGCAAACAAUAGCCAAGACCGGAUCUCACCAGCUGCUAAAUUUGUACGAUUCCUCGAACGACUCUUCGGCUGUCGGCCAGGGCUUUGGACUGUCGGACGACGAAUCAGACGACGACAACGAAGAUAUAUACCUGUCGGAAGACGAGCUGGAGAACGACAUCGGCAACGGUUUCACAGUGAAGAAACCAGCGCAGGCGCCAGGCCUCAAAACUACAGGGAACGCUGCCAACAGAGGAGUUCCGUCUCCAUCACCGAAAUUGAUGGGGCUCCAACCGCCAACGGGUCCAUUCUACCAUGACCGGAUCCCAUCUCUUUCAGACCAAAGUGCUGCCUCGAGCCCGAGGUCUUUGACGUCGUUCAUCUCGAGAAUCAGAAAGUCUCCUAUGGCAUCGCCCAAGGUCCCUUUCAAGACUGGAGGAGUACGUUUCUCGUCCAGAAUCAUCUUGUACGACACUUACAACGGCGAAGAGUAUGAUAGACAUCCCGACAUCGCCACAUGUAACCAAUUGACGCCAUUGUUGGCGCAACAGAUCCGGGAAGAGCUCAACGAGGUCAAGAGCGAGAUGGAGGUCCAUCAAGACUCCGUGUGCUACACGCAUUUCUUUUAA